AUGAUAUUAACAGGGAAAUCUAUCUCUCAGAUAGAAGAGGUGAAAUUGGCUCUUGAUAAAGCCUUUACCAUAAAAGACUUGGGGCAGUUAAAUUACUUUCUGGGUAUUGAAGUGAAGAGGAAUGCCCAGGGUAUUUUUCUUUCUCAAAGGAAAUAUAUCAAUGAUAUUAUCACUGAUUGUAACAUGGUUGACUAUAUAGCUGCUCCUGCUCCAUUAUCAGCUGCUCUAAAAUUGUCAACAAAGGUUGGUGAUGUUCUUGAAGAUCCUGAUGUAUGUAGGAGAUUAGUUGGCAGGUUGUUAUAUCUUGGAAUCACUAGACCAGACCUCUCUUAUGCUGUGCAACACCUCAGUCAAUUCAUGCACGCACCUAGAAGUCCACACUUAAGGGUUGUUAUGCAUGUGGUAAGGUAUCUAAAAUGUACAAUUGAUCAAGGUUUAUUUUAUUCUGCUAACUCAAAUUUAAAGAUUAGUGCAUAUAGUGAUUCUGAUUGGAGUGCAUGCCAAUUCAGUAACAGAUCAUUAAGUUCUUAUGUAGUAUUUCUUGGCUCUAAUCUUGUGUCUUGGAAGACAAAGAAACAGCAAACAAUGAGUAAAUCAUCAACUGAGGCAUAA